AUGACGUCGAUGCUGCAGGCGACGGAAAAUGUAUCUCUUUCGCCUUACCUCUCCAGCCAGGUGAAGGAGAACAUGAAGACAUCUAUUCAAGAUGUUAUCGACACAGAAGAAGGUUCGUUUUCUGAUGUGGGAAAGGAGCCAUCACACCAAAUUGUGAGAGGGCUAAAGUCUAGGCAUAUACAGCUUAUUGCUCUUGGAAGUGCUAUUGGAACUGGUUUGUUCAUUGGAUCUGGAGGCGCCUUGAGCACUUGUGGACCUGCACCCGUGCUAAUCGCUUAUAUUAUUAUGUCCACGUUUAUCUGGACUCUUAUGAACCAGUUGACUGAGAUGGUCACUUUGGUCCCACUGCCAGGCGAGGCUUCGCUCAACUCGCUGGUGAGGACGUAUCUCAAUCGCCCGCUUUCGUUCAUGUGCGGUUGGAAUUUAUUUUAUGCCAUGGCCAUGAUUGCUCCUGCUGAAAUUACAGCAUGUGCUCUGCUGGUCCAAUAUUGGACAGAUGCUAACACAGCUAUUUUCAUUUCUAUCUUUGUUGUUGCCACGGCAGUGUUAACUAUGCUUCCAGUCAAAUUCUUCGGUGAGAGUGAAUUUUGGGUUUGCUCAAUCAAGAUUCUCACUAUUACCGGUUUGAUCAUAGUGGGUAUCGUCAUUUUCUUUGGUGGUGGCCCCGCACAGGACCAUGUACUGGGUUUUCACUACUGGAAACAUCCUGGUGCUUUCAAGGAACACUUAGUCCCGGGCUCAACUGGUAAGUUUCUUGCUGUUUGGACUGCCAUCAUCAAGAGCGGUUUCUCUUUUGUUCUUGUUCCCGAGGUGGUGACUUCAUGUUCAGCUGAAUCCACCAAUCCAAGAAGAAAUAUGCCUAGAGCAUGCUCCAGAUUUAUCUACCGUCUAGCCCUUUUCUAUGUCGUUGGUUCCUUGGUGAUAGGUGUUGUCGUUAGCUCGGAUGACAGUAGCCUGCUGGAUGCAGUCUCCACGGGUGAUUCUACAGCUGCUGCCUCCCCUUUCGUCAUUGGCAUCAAAGAGGCCGGCAUCAAGGUUUUACCCCACAUCAUAAAUGCUUGCAUUAUGACCAGUGCCUAUUCCUGUGGAACAGGAGUGUUGUAUGGUUCUUCGAGAACCCUGCACGCAAUGGCAAUGAGAGGUGAAGCUCCAAAAAUUUUCAAGAAAGUCAACAGAUUUGGAGUCCCUUACUACAGCACCGGAUGUGCAUGUUUGUUCACUUUGCUUGCUUAUCUGAACUGUUCCAAAUCAUCUUCUGUUGUUUUCACCUGGUUGAGCAAUAUCGCAACCAUAUCCGGAUUUGUCAGUUGGGUCCUAGUCUCCACGGUGUACCUUAAAUUCAGAAAAGUCAUCGACGAACUAGAUCUCAAUGAUAGAGUACCUUUCAGAGUACGUUUCCAAAAAGUUGGCGCUUAUUGUUCGAUUGUUUUUUUCACUCUGCUAGCUUUGACAAAUGGUUACGCAGUAUUUAUUAGGGGCAAUUGGGAUACUAGUACCUUUUUCACUUGCUACAUUACCAUUGGAUUCGUUUUCUUGUUGUUCAUUGGCAGUACCGUAUACUAUAAAGAGGUGAGCUUUAGGAACGCUCAGGAAAUCGGGGAAGAUCUCAUACCGAAAAUAGAUAUAUGUGAUGAGGAAGAAAGAAAUGAAGUGGUCCCCGUCCCGAAGAAUUUGCUUGAAAAGAUAUGGUAUACCGUAAUCUAA